GUUUCACAAUUAAUGAACAAACGACCAAACACUCCGUUAAUGAAGACCAUUAAGGAAUCGAAAUCAUUAUAAACUUACAGAAAACCGCAUCGAUUAGCGGUCAAUCCUAAGAUUGCGUGCUUGAGGUGUUUUGAUAAAAUCCCAUAUCAACGAUUUCAUCAAUCUUGUUAUUAGUCGUCAAUUAUUCUCAUAUUCAGAACAACAGAUUUUAUUCAAUUAAUAAGAUCAAUGGAUUGAAGGCGGUUUCACUCAGGAAGGAUAGAAAUAAAUAGAAACUUAUUUAUCUGGCGGUUUUCAUUUAGUAUUUUUACUGUCAAGGUUACGUCAAGGUUGUUAGAUUUUUCAAUCAAGAUCUGACAAAAAAAAAAUCAACGUAGAUUUUUUUUAUUUCAAUCGGACAUUUCAAGAUAAAAAAAACCCAAGAAUGGAAAAGAAAGAGUCUGUAACGACAGAAGAGAAAUUGGGUUUACCCGGAUAUCAAAACGAAUCUUUGUCCGAUGUUUCCGACUCCGACUCCGAUUCCGAAUCAAGAAGUGGUAUACUCGAAAAUUCAGACACUGAAACCAAAGGGCAAAAUGGAUUUAUGAAACAUAAUGCUGAAAAACAAAAUUCAAAUUUCAAAAAUCCGAAAGACAGCGAUGAUUUCGCGGAUAGACCAAUGGAACGGGGACAGCAACCACCCCGUCCAUCGUUUUUAAUUACAGAUAUUUUAUCUAGAGUUUCCACUUCGAGAUCUGUAGUCAAUCCGUGUUAUUUAAGAAGUGACAGUACUGACGAGUUAUCCCCCGUUCCUUAUGUUGACAUGACUAAUAAUUCUAACCAAUGGGAGAAUACGUCUAGUUGUGAGGAUGGAACAAAAAUUAAAGUAAAUGUUGGUGGAAGGGAAUCGCCUAUAUUGAUGUAUAAAUCUAAAAAACCAAGAAAAGCCAGAACAGCAUUUUCUGAAAAUCAGUUGCGGUGUUUAGAGAAACAUUUCGACCGUCAGAAAUAUUUAAGUGUCCAGGACCGGGUGGAAUUGGCGACAAAACUACAUCUUUCUGAUACACAGGUGAAAACGUGGUAUCAAAAUAGACGAACAAAAUGGAAGCGACAGACGUCCGUAGGUUUAGAAUUAUUAACAGAAGCCAGUAAUUUCGCCGCUGUGCAGAGAAUUCUUCAAUCUAAUUCUUAUUGGUCGUCGUGUUAUCCCCAAACUGCCAGCCUCGUUUCCAACUUUGAAUCGGUCGUUAGAGGAAGUACCCCCUUACUGCCACCACGCCCCCCAUUUCCAGGCCUCUUCUUAUCGGCCAUGCAUCCACAAUUACGACCAUUAUCACCGUCAUCGUUACCAAGUAAAAGAGGAUGAGUUCGGAUGAAGAAUCUCUGCUAAAAAUGAUCACUGACAUUUUAUAAUAAUAGUAUCAAAAACUAAUCGGUUCUACAUGGAUUAUUAUCGCCAUUGUUGUUGAAUAUUCGAAUGGUUUUGCGAAUUUGACAGGAUAGGAUGUUACUCGAUUGGCUAACCAUUAAGAAUUAGUGAGUAUUGCGAUUGGUUGGCGGAAUGUAGAAGAGUCGUGAACUUUGAUCCCACCUUUCUUUGACGUGUUUCUCACCUGAUAGACAAUCGGUUUCAGACGAGUUAUUUCCCCCUGAAUGUGAUAAUGUCGCUUACGAACAUGAUGUAAAAGACUUUAUACAGUAUAUAUCUAGCCGCCAUAUAAACAGGGAUUGUGUAAGAGCUAAAUCUACCCAUUGCUAGGCUUUAAUAGGCCUUUUAAAUGUUGUAUAAAUUAUUAAUUAGACAUUAAUGACAAGACCAUAAUCAACUCUCGAUGUUAUCGGAUGGCACCGAUUUUAAGUAGAUUAGAACGGUUCGGCCAUUUAAUGAUUUAAUUUAAAAAUGGAUAAUCGCGACUUUGUUAUUGACGCUGUUCUUCUAUGGCCGAUGACUCGGCUUAGACUGCAAUUUUCAGCAAAUUCCCUUUCUAUUAUGUAUUUUUAACUAUUAUAGCGAGAACUGUCAGCUCUUUAUCUAAUGCUCCUCCCUUUAAUGUUAUUUUGUACAGAGAUUGUUAUGUUCUAGACGCCCCUGUCGCGUUUUAUACAUUCAUGUCUAAGUGUUUUUUUUACUUCUAUAUUAUAUAUCUAACUAUUCCUGACCCGGUGGACCGGUCACCCCUGGCUUCAGGUCAUGGUUUCGGUUCAUGGUUGGAGCGUAUGUGGCUUGGAGAUAGGGACGCCUCCUCAACCUCGUGGAAUUACUCCUGGUCCUCCGGUUCCUCCCACAGGAAAGACCCUGUGGGUAUAAAGCCUAACUAUUCCUGAUCCUGUGGGUAUAUUGGUACCAAACUAUUUAACAGCGACCUUAAUUUAUGAAUAAACAAAGACUCAGUUUGAAAUGGUAAUUUUUAUAUCUUGCCGACCAUUAAAGGCCGGGUUCGAAUGACAAGAACACAGUAGUUGGUCCAAUGUACGCAGUGGGUGUGAAUUUAAAACUGGAAACAAGGUCUACAAACCGAGGUUGUGUUUAUGGUAUCUACGACUAUUCGACUUGAAAAUAAAGAAGCAAUCAAAGCCCUAAACCCUUAUAUUGUCUGCUUGCAAACUCAUGUAUCAUUUAAGACUCUGCACCAGAAGAUAUUUAGGAUUCGAACUGUGACUGUCUUAGAUUAUAAUCCUAAUAACAAAUGUCUCCGAUUAUAAUCUCUACAUGUAUAAUAAUAACAAGUGUCUCAGAUUAUACGUGUAUUAUAAUAACAGAUUAUGAUCUACAUGUAUAAUAACAAGUGUCUCAGAUUAUACGUGUAAUCUAUUAAUGUAUCUCAGAUUAUAGUAUCAACU